AUGCUGGAGACAGGAGGACGACAGACGCUGCUCGGCACUGCGCACGCGCGAGCCAGGGCCCGGCCCGCCACCGGCAAUGUGCACGCGCAAGCCGGGGUCUGGCUGAUGCCGUGGUGGUGGCGCCUCGCAGUUCGGGGUCUCCGUGCUGAGCUGGGCGAUAGGGCGAUGCCGCGGUCCAGGCAAAGGCGUAUGAACAAAGAGAAAGCUGAAGUCUCCAGAAUAUCAGUACCUCAUGGUCCAGUUAAGGUUGAUAAGAGCCGUUCUGUUCUGGUGGCCAUUCAUGCUAAACCUGGAGCCAAAAAAAGUGCUAUAACAGAUGUGUCAGAAGAAACAGUUGGUGUGGCUAUUGCAGCUCCAGCGUCUGAUGGAGAGGCCAACGCAGAGCUAAUUAGCUACCUUGCCAAGCUGUUACAGUUACGGAAAAGUGAAGUUGUUCUGUACAAGGGUUCCACGUCACGUAAGAAGAUGGUGAAGAUUCUAACUUUGCUGAGCCCAGAAGAGGUGUACAAAAGGCUCAGAAAUGCGGCUGCCUCAAGCUAAUGCAGAAAUAUGGCUUUGGGAUGAAUGGGAUACACUGAGGACCUGAGCAACACAACAUUGAAUGAAAUCUUCAGUGUAGAGAAGAUCACCUAAUAAUCUGCCUCAGCAAUUUACUUAUUGUAAGGAUUUUAGAUAACAGGCAUACUGACCACUAAGUUCAGUAUACAUUGUUCAACUCUAGACAGAUGAUUUUGUUCUUAUUUUUAAAAUGUCAGGAUUGGAAAGUGCUGCUGAGUAGACUAAUUGUUGCAUUGCUCAGGAUGGGAAAAUUAAUCCAGUCCAAACUCAAUUCCAUGUGGAUGACAUCAUUUGAAAAACUGUUUUGUAAUGUCAACAGUGGAUGAAAUGUUAAUCAGAGUCUGAACUGCUUGACCCUGUGGCAUUGGUGGAAUUGAAGAAUAUCUAUGGUUUAAGAACAUCAGAGACAUUUCUUGGAAGUUUUUUUUCCUCAAUUAACAAAACACAGUUUUGAUGAUCUCAUUGAUAUUUAUGGAAGAUGGCUGAGAUAGAAUACUGCGGUUACUGCACCAGAACAGGUCAUUACACUUCGAUUUAUUUGUUGUGGUAUUUAAAUGUGAUAAUAUAUUAAAAAAUGCAAAUAUUUCUCUGUAGUACUGAUGUCAU